AUGGUUCCUCAACCAGAACAAAAAGGUGUCUACUUGGUGAUCUACAUCAUCACAAUUGUGACUGGAUUCCCAUCUAACCUCCUGGCUCUCCAUGCUCUCAUACGGAAGCUCCGUACCAAGGCCACACCUAAUGCCAUCCUCCUCCUUAACUUAACCAUCUCUGAUUUAUCAUUUCUGGUCUUCCUCCCAUUCAAGGUAGCUGAGGCACUUCAGGGCCAAUGGGACAUGCCCCCCUUCCUCUGUCCACUGAGUGGCCUCUUCUAUUUUAGCACCAUAUACUCCAGCACUUUGUUUCUCACUGCUGUUAGUGUAGAGAGGUAUCUUGGCGUAGCUUUCCCCAUCAAGUACAAACUGUACCGCAAGCCAAGCUAUGCUGUAGCUGUAAGUGGAUUCCUAUGGGUCUCCUCUUUUGCACAUUGUAGUAUUGUCUACAUUACAGAGUAUCAUGAUAUUGACAAUAACGUUAAUAAGUCAGUCUGCUAUGAUCACUUCACAGAUAAGCAGAUGGAGGUGCUCUUACCAUUCCGUCUAGAACUAGGGCUUGUCCUCUUCUGUUGCCCAUUUCUUAUCACAUGUUUCUGCUACUGUAGCUUUAUCAAAAUAUUAGUGUCCUCACCCCACAUUCACAGAGUGAAAAAGCAGAGAGCCAUUGGAUUAGUCAUAACUACCAUGACUGUUUUUGCCAUAUGUUUUGCCCCAUACAACGCUUCACAUGUGGUGGGCUUUAUUAUUAAAGACAACGUGAAAUGGAGGGAUGAAGCUUUGCUACUCAGCACCUUCAAUGCUAGUUUGGAUCCUAUCAUCUUUUACUUCUCCUCUACAGCUGUGCAGCAAUCUUGUAAAUACUGUUUGAUGAAAUUAACUUUCUGGAAUUCUAUCCCAGCUCUGCAUAAAAUUAUUGGCAAACAAAGUAUGACUUUGGCACAUCCUCCAUUUUCUGAAAAUCAGAUUGAUAGCUCUAAGUUAUAA